GAUAGAGAAGACUGCCGGAUAGAGUCAAAGAUCCCAAAGAUAAAUAACCGAUGAACAGUUUGCGACUAUCAGUUCACACUAUCGUAUAAACGAUUGAAGAUGCCACGUAAAGAAGAGACGGAGCGAACGACUUGUGUUUCUACAAUAUUUGCGAGUGUCAUCGUCGUGAUGUGAAGCGAACGAGGGACACCCAAUCAAGGGAAACGCAUCGUCCAUGAGGCCAAGCGAAGGCACAACCGGGUGAAUGCCACGAGGCUCAGCAAAACAGAAAUCUUUGGUAUUGAGAAAGAAAUGAACCGACGGCGACGUAAUCUUCCAUUUCGCACAUUCGUUGCGUGACUCGACAAUUUGCUCUAUUAAUUCCUUUAUCAGAUAACAAAGAUGCAAUUGAAAACCGUGAUAUCGUGUCAAAUAGUAACGGAAGUAUUCAAAAUGACAAAUUUACGCGGGGCAGAGAAUUUCUCGCGUUGAGACAAUGGCAAGAUCACAGAUUUCGUAGAACGCGGCGGAUGCAGGUUGUCCUGAAAAAGUCUAAAAGAGAUCGAGGACUGUAAUCGUCCACGGUGCAAGAAAUCAACAUGUCCGCUACGGAAUCGCGCGAUGAUGAUACGAGCCCGACACGCCGGCCGAGAGAGAGCAGAAUUCAUAGCGUUGGUCUGCCCACCAGAGCUUCUCUGCUUCCGGAACCACCACCCACGGGAAAUGAUGUACCACCGCCAAUACCACGUCGACAUUCUGCUACACCGGCGGUAGCACCACCUCCGAUCCCAUUGAGACCGCCGGCAAUUCCGAAGAGAAGCAAGAACGAAAAACCUAUACCACUGCAACUCACAGCCAGACAAAAUAAUCAAGUGACUCCUUGUAAGACGAGCGAUUCUUCGUCCGCACCUUCGUCAGGAAUGUCGACUGCGUGGAAUAGCGUGGACUCGACGAAUCAAAAACUUAUAAAUUUGGAUCCCUUCAGAAAUCAGAAUCAGGCAUCGCAGGAUUACUUGUUGAAUUAUGGCGCGAAGGACUCGCGGGAAACGAAUGAGCAUAACGAUUUUGUAGCUGAUUUCGAGCAAGCGAAUUUCCAGGAAGGACGUAAGCUCGCACAAAAUUCAAGUUUCGAGGAGUUGCAGAAGGUCUCCUUGGACCUCGAGAAACGGCUUCACGAGAGAAUUAUUAAGAGCACCGAGGCGAAGUUCGAGGAUCCGAAUGGCCGACAACGACAGGGCACGGUGUCGCGGCAUAAUAGACAGCAAGUAUCCAAAUUUACGAAGGAGAACGGCAGCUGCGAGCAGAGAGAAACGUCCGAAAGCAAGUCCAGGGACGAGGUGGUGUUGUUAUCGCGAAGAGAGAUUUUUCAAAAAGAUGAAUUAAAGUACGCAACGAUUUUGACUUCCGGCCGCGAGCGACGAUCGAAGUUCGAGGAGUUGCAGGCAGCCUCGAAGAACCUGGAGAGGCGUUUGCACGAAGACGACGAUUAUCGUCGACGUCAAGAGAUGGAAAGACGAAUAAACAAGGACAAGCCACUCAGAUACGAAGACCUGGAAGGAAUCCCGCAUGAUCUUGACAAACGUUACCACGGCGAGCAAAGGGCCAUAGAUCAGCAACAGCAGCAUCCAAUAAUGCGAAACAAAUACGAGAGCGACAUGGAGAGGGCUAGGAAUAUUCUUCAGCAUAAUCUGAGGAAGGAGCGAAUCGGCGGCGGCAGUGGUGAGAAACUCGAGAAACUGCCGAAAGCAACGCAAACGAAUCUACCACCACCCCUGAGCGCUAUUUGUCAGAGUCCCGUACCGAAACCUAUCAGCGUCCGGCAGGACAGCAACGUUUCCUCGGAUAGUUUCAGUCAAACCAGCUCGCCCAGCUACACCAGCAAGACAAUGGAAGCUCCCCUUCUGCCUCACAAACACGGGAAAGUCCCAGACAGAGCCUUAGUGUCGGAGCCUGAUAACUCAUCUGGCAGGCCGAUAACGAAGUCUACGAGUACGCCGGCCAGUUUGCAGACCAUCGUCAGGAUGCACGCUGGGAAUAACAGCUCCUUACAUCAUAAAAUAAUCAGAGACAUGACUGGCAGCCACUACGUGACUACGGGAAGACUACGGUUCAGAUUUGUGCAGGUUCUGCUUAACGCCGUUGCUCUCCUGGCCAUUGCCGGCGGUUUAGCCGCAUACUUCAAAACGUAUCCUGAAAAUGACUUCAAAUUGGAGAACAGAAGCAUGUACACGGCUGUGAUCUCGAUACCUGAAAGUACGCAUUUCGUGAUCGAGGACAGGAAUCCGGCUCCGGGGGUGUGUCUGCCCAUCAUUGUGACAUUCUGCGAGCAACACAAGGUUCCGUACAACUAUACUGUGUUUCCAAAUUACAUGGGUAAUUUCGGACAGCGGGAGGCCCAGCACGAGCUGGAGCUUUACGACGCUGUCGUUGACGUCAGAUGUUACGAACUGGCUGCUCUGUUCCUGUGCAGCGUUUUCGUACCGAAAUGCGGCUCUCGAGGUCGCGUUGUACGUCCCUGUCGCAGUCUUUGCUUUCAAACCAAAAGACGCUGCGGUUUCUUUCUCAAAGUUUUCGGCUUGUCUCUCCCGGAUUACUUGGAGUGCGAACUUUUCCCGGAAAGUCCGAAUUCCGACGAGUGUAUCGGGCACCAUGAGGUGAUCGAAGCGGCACGAAGAGCCGAGAAACCGGUGUGCACCAGUGGCUUUCAGUGCGAUGGCACAAGGUGCAUUCCGUUCGAUUGGCGAUGCGAUGGUCAUCUCGACUGCUUGGAUCACAGCGACGAGAUCGGAUGCGGAAACUGUAAUUCUAGCACGUCGUCCUCAAUGUCGGCGUCAGCGUCCUCCACAUUCGGCAAGAUAAUCAAGGGACCUUCCACCAAAACUACCCUUUCUACGAAAUCUUCAUUACACUGCGGUGAAAAAAGAUGCAUGUCGGCCAGUCAUAUCUGCGAUGGAGUCAUGGAUUGUCCUUGGGGACAGGACGAGCGACAUUGCCUGAAAUUAAGCACGAGGAAUGGGGACGUCGGCGAGGGCCGUCUGGAUGUGUAUCAUGCUGAAAUGGGUAAAUUUAUGCCGGCGUGUGUCUCGCACUGGGGAUCAACGUCGCCGCAAGAGGUUUGCGCUAUGUUGGGAUAUACAGUUUCAAACGGAUUUAAGUUGAUGAACAGCAACUUGACCACAAUCGAGUCGAGAAGUUCCGGAUAUCGUAACAAAAAUUCUAAUUUACUGAAGCAAUUUCAAGGAUGCAUCAAGGAGCGAGAUCUUUACCCCAUGGUCUCACUUACUUGCGUUAAAUAUGCUUGCGGCCGUAGACGUUCCGUAUUCGAAAACGUGAGGGUGAAGCGAAUAGUGGGUGGUGUGGAGUCAGCCCCUGGUGAUUGGCCAUUUCUUGCAGCCCUUCUCGGUGGUCCAGAACAGAUCUUCUACUGUGCUGGAGUCCUCAUUGCUGAUCAAUGGGUGUUGACCGCAUCUCAUUGCGUUGGGAAUCAUUCAGAUGUAUCCGGUUGGACGAUACAACUUGGCAUCACUAGGAGACUUUCUCACACUUAUCUUGGUCAAAAGCUGAAGGUGAAAAGAGUGAUACCUCAUCCAUAUUACAACCUGGGUGUCGCUCACGACAAUGAUGUUGCAUUAUUUCAACUUGAGAAGCCAGUUGAUUAUCAUGAACACUUGAGGCCAGUGUGCUUACCGACUGCUGACACUUAUCUUACACCCAAUACACAUUGCACCGUUAUUGGAUGGGGCAAGAAAAACGAUACUGAUUCCUCUGAAUAUGAGCCAGCUGUAAACGAGGUUGUAGUUCCUAUUCUACCUCGACACCUCUGCAACAUGUGGUUAGCGCAUAAAGAAUUGAAUGUCACUGAUGGGAUGAUCUGUGCUGGCUACGAGGAUGGAGGAAAAGAUGCAUGCCAAGGUGAUUCUGGAGGACCUCUGUUGUGUCAAGAUGAGGAGGACAAGGAGAAAUGGUUUGUCGGUGGAAUUGUCAGCUGGGGCAUAAAAUGCGCCCAUCCAAAACUGCCCGGAGUCUACGCUUACGUACCCAAAUACGUAACGUGGAUCCAAAAAGAAAUGUCUAAGUACUCCGAUUAUAACGGAAAAACAUAAGCUACCGAGUCUGGGAAAGUAUUCGGUAUGAAAACCGACAAUAUGGAAACAAAUUGAACGGAAAUAAAGAAUAAACAUGGGACAAUGCAAACGCGAACUUUCGCGUUUUCUAUUCUAAUGACAUAUGGAAGGAAAAGAUAUUGGAACCGAAAGCAAUUAUGGGUUCCCGAUCUGCUAAUCUGCGCUCAGCAAUUCCUGUACGCUCAAUCAAAGGAUAGUAUUUUGUACCUUGUGCAGCUUUGAAUGAAGAAAAGAGAGUUGAGUAUUAAUGAGUUAAUCGUUAAUCUCAUUCUUUGGGAUUAGUAAGCACAGAAAAAUAGCAUAAGUUGAAAAAUCACUGACGUUUGCUAAGCUAAGGGAUGCUGAUGAUGAAACCAACAUAACUGAUUCUUUCUUCGAGUGAUAAGAUUAAUCCAAUUAAGUCUACCAGUUAUAACAGAAAGCUAUUUUUUUCUCAUAUUGCAGAGAGAUUGUAGAAAAACAGGAUUCUAUCAUCAAUAUAAUACGAAUACUAACAUUUACUACCGCAUUCUCUCAGUCAUAGUUCGUUUAAGUAAUACAAAAUUUCAUCACUUUACGAUUUUUCGUAAGAAGAUUUUAUGAUAAGCCACUCAAACAAGGAAAAUGUGAGAUAAUCGGAAACAUAUAAGGUACACUACUUUAUAAGUGAAGCUAUAUACGGAUACCGAGGAUACACAUAAGUUCAAAUAAUAAGCCAUUUUUAGGAAACUACUAGGUAAAAGAGAGGAUCAAAAAUGCCGAUGUACUUUUGGUACUUACCGAAAUAGGAAAAAUUGAGGAUUUGUGCACAAAACGAAAAUCCACGCAUGUGAUGCGACAAAAAUAUUUUGUAUCGCUGCCGACUUUAGGACAGCUGUAUAUGAGCCACCAAGUGGUCGAAACCC